GGCUGCUCAAAGGCGCUUUAAUUUUCCCUCGAUCGUUGGAUGUCAAACUCAAACGGCUCAUCGUAGUAUCAAUCUCAACUCUUUGGGGGUCAUACAACACUUGGAGCCACUAGGCGAUACCAACGAAAGAAACAUAAUGAGGGAAAAUGUGGAAUUCAAACUCACUUUCAUCGGUUUUGUACAUUCAAUUGUGACGCAUGAAACGACCUGACACUAUUACGAGAUCAGACACAGUUGUAGUUGUGUUUGUGUGUCAGGGAAUGGUUUUGAAAGCCGAAUAUUUUUUAUCUGUGUAUUAUCUAGUUCACAAUAGCUUUUUACAACACAUGUGAAUUUCUCACAGUACACUAGGCAAAAAUAGAAGUGUCAUGCGUUGUACCUUGACAUCGUUGAAGAAACAGCAGUCACGUGAUCCAUCAUUGAGAUAGCAGUUUAUGUGAAACAGCAGGCCGACUGACUAAUAUGUCUAUGGCUGUUGUGUUUUUUGUGUAUUCUUCUUAUAGGGACGCUGUCAGGGUUCAUUAUACCGAUGACGAAACCUGAUGGCACCGCUGAUAUUUCCAGCAUUAUAAACCACGUCGCCUUGCUUGAACAGACUGUGACUGUUCUCCAGAAAGCAACUGGAAAGUUGGAAACAGAUCUGCACACCAGUAGGUCGCUACAACAGUUGGCAAAUAGGGAAAUUGCCUCUCUCAAAGAUGAAGUUACAUCCUUGAAGGCAAGCCUCCAGCUGUCGACAGACGAACUGAACCUUGUGAAGGCGGACAUUGGGAUUCAGGGUAAGGGUAAUUUGCAGCUGAAUCAAACGAAUUUAAUUUCAACCAGUCUUGGUAUGGCAUCUGAUAGUGCACAAGUAAAAAAGUGUGCAGCCUGAUGUCAAGAUGUUAAGAGAUGAACUGGAUCUUAUGAACACUACCGUGUAUGAUGUAAAGAGGGAAGCAGAUGGAUUCAUUCAAAGGACGUCUCCAAUUUUCCAGUUAAUUGCUCAAAGUCAGUUAAUCGAAAACAUGAAAUCUGCAAAUCUUCUCGCCCAAAACACGUCAAAGCAGCUAGCACAGUUUGAACAAGCCAUCAAAGCAGCUACAGGAGACAUGCUGAAUGUGUCACAUGAUCUACAUUUGAUAAAUGCAGAUCUACAAAGUACGAAGCACAAUCUCAGUCUAACACGAUCAGACGUCAUAGCUUUGAAAACAGACAUGGAAAAUGAUAAGAAUCAGUCUCUUAACUGUACGCAGUCUCUGACACAGAUUUCACAGAUGAUGCAGUCACUGAAUGUCACGCAUGAUCUUCAGUCGGUCAAUGCAGAUCUACAAACUGUGAAGAGUAAUCUCCAUCUCACAAGGACAGAUGUCACAACUUUGAUAACUGACAUGGCUGUUGAAAAGAAUCAGUCUGUUGACAACAAGAAGACCCUGGCACAGAUUUCACAGACGACGAUGUCUAUAAUGGGAGAUCUGCGCACAACACAAAAGAAUCUCAGUUUGACAAACUCAGAAGUCAGAAAUUUGGAAAGAAACAUGUCUGCUAUAGCAGGACAGAUCCCCAGCUCUCGACUACCAACUAUUGCAUUCAACGUCCAUAGCCCUUCGAGUCAGGUACCUGGAGGAGACUUGAUAUUUGGCCACAGUCUCUACAAUGCUGGCUCCUUCUACGACACUAGUACAGGGAGAUUCACUGCACCCGUAUCUGGAACAUACAUGUUCUGGACAGAGCUUGUACUGACUGAAUCCAACUCUCAAACGUACAUCUAUAUCAUGAAGAAUGACGGAUGGAUGGCGAUGGACGCAGAUGUUCAAGACAACCAUGCCUCUAUCGUGACUGUCGAUCAUGUGUACAAGGGGAAGGAUGUAUGGGUGAAGACGUCAAGCUCUCACAGCAUCACUGGCCUUUCCAUCUUCACGUUUUGGCGGAGUGCUGUUGUCGGUUGACUGACAAUUUGUUGGGGAAGACCUGCACUAGAAUGUACUUAGUAAAGAAGGUCUAA